UCCAACAUGGCAGCAUCAAGCGACGAAGAGGAAACGCAUUUGCAAGACAUGGAGGAGGUAGACGCAGGGAUAGAGAAGAGAAAAAUGGGAUCGGACGGAGAAGAAGAGGCGGAGGAGGAGGGUAUGGGAGAAGAACAUUCAGAAGAGGAAGAGGAUGAGGGGAACUCGUCGGAAGACGAGAAAGAGAACGAAGCAGAAAUCCAACGAUUGGAGGAGCAGCUGUCAAUCAAUGCUUUCGACUACAACUGCCACGUUGAUCUCAUCAAGCUAUUGAAGCAGGAGGGAGAACUUCUCCGUCUGCGAAAGGCAAGGCAGAAAAUGAGUGAACUUUUCCCACUCACUGAAGAGAUCUGGCUGGAUUGGCUCAAGGAUGAAAUCCGUCUGACUGAAGAGGAGCCAAACCGGGAGAAAGUAUAUGAACUUUUUGAGACGGCUGUCAUCGACUAUAUCUGUCCAGAGAUCUGGCUUGAAUAUGCUCAGUAUUCAAUUGGUGGCAUGGGCUCACCAGGUGGGAUAGACAAAGUGAGAUCCAUCUUUGAGAGGGCUGUGACGGCUGUGGGACUACACAUGACCAAGGGACACGUGGUGUGGGAAGCGUUCAGAGAGUUUGAGAACGUCAUGCUUUCCACCGUCCAGCCUCCACAUGGACAGAUUCUUAAUCAGGAGGAGCAGGAACAGCUGAAAGCUCAGAUUGAGCGUCUCCAUACACUGUUCCGCCGCCAGCUGGCCAUUCCUUUUAUGGACAUGGAAGCCACGUAUGCAGAGUAUGAAGAGUGGUCUGAAGAUGGGGUGGCGGACACGGUCAUACACCAGUACAAAAAGGCUUUGCAGCAGACGGCGAAGUGCAAGUCUUUUGAAGAAGCCCUGUUGGUAGCAGAACCUCCUAAACUGGCAGAGUAUCAGUCCUACAUUGACUUUGAACUGAAGGAGGGCGACCCGGCCCGGGUCCAGAUCAUCUUUGAGCGGACUCUAGCGGAGAACUGCCUUGUCCCAGACGUGUGGGCAAAAUACACCACCUAUCUGAACCGUCAGCUGAAGAUCAAAGGCAUGGUCCUCUCCUCUCACGAGCGUGCAGUCAGGAACUGCCCCUGGACGAUGGGUCUGUGGAAGAGCUACCUGCAGGCUCUGGAGCGGCACGGAGCCGACCACCAGACGGUCUCAGAUCUUUUUGAAACGGCGUUGAAAGCCGGUUUCAUUCAAGCAACGGAUUAUGUGGAAAUUUGGCAGGCAUACCUCGACUAUCUGAGGAGACGUGUGGAUUUCAGCAAAGAAUCAAGUAAAGAGUUGGAGGAGCUACGAGGAGCUUUCUCUCGCUCUCUAGACUACAUGAAGCAAGAUGUGGAAGAAAGAUUUGGUGAAAGUGGAGAUCCUUCUUGUAUCAUAAUGCAGAUCUGGGCGAGGAUAGAGGCCCUCCACUGCAAGAACAUCCAAAAAGCCAGAGAGCUGUGGGACAGCAUCAUGACAAAGGGGAACGCUAAGUUUGCCAACAUGUGGCUGGAGUACUAUAACCUUGAGAGGUCCUAUGGAGACCCGCUCCACUGUCGCAAAGCUCUCCACAGAGCAGUGCAGUGCACCGCAGACUACCCGGAGCAUGUGAGUGAAGUCCUGCUCACAUUUGAGAGGGUUGAAGGCUCUCUUGAGGACUGGGACGUGGCGGUGCAGAAGACGGAGACCCGGCUGAAUAGGAUUAAUGUGCAACGGGCAAAGGCGGCUGAGAAAGAGGCCAACCUGGCUGGCCAAGAUGUUGGGAGAGCUGAUCAGCGGCGAAAUACCAAGAUGGACAAGAAGGGUCCGAAGAAUGCCCAGAAGGGAACUCGAGCUGGGGAGAAGAGAAAAGCAGAGCAGUACGAUAACACUGGUACUAAAAGGCACAGAGGGAAUGGGAACCAACUGCCAGAGCACAUGGAGACCGAGGCGGGACUCUCUGGGAGGAACGCCCCCCCCGGCUAUAAGCCCGCUCUACACGGCAAUAAAAGAGCGGCGGCCGCUGUCAACAAACCGGACGAUGACGAUGACAAGCCAGAGCUCCGCAACGAUAGCAGCAGCGUCUUCAUCAGCAACCUGGCGUACACCCUGGAGGAACCCGAGGCCAAGCUGAGGACGCAGUUUGAGAGCUGUGGGCCCAUCACACAGAUUCGCCCGGUCUUCGCCACCAAAGGGAACUUCAAAGGCUACGGCUACGUCCAGUUUGAAUCCACGGUGUCCGUGGCUGAAGCCUUGAAGCUGGACAGACGGGAGGUGGAGGGCAGGCCCAUGUUUGUGUCCCCGUGUGUCGACAAAAACAAGAAUCCAGACUUUAAGAUGUUCAAAUACAACACGGCCAUGGAGAAGCAAAAGAUCUUCAUCUCCGGGCUGCCGUUCUCGUGCAGCAAAGAGCAGCUCGAGGAAAUCUGCAAAAGUCACGGCACCAUCAAAGAUAUUCGUCUGGUCACGUACCGCUCGGGGAAACCCAAGGGUCUGGCGUACGUGGAGUUUGAAGAUGAAGCUCAGGCUUCUCAAGCCGUCCUGAAGUUGGACGGCAUGUGUGUCGAGGACAACACCAUCUCUGUUGCCAUUAGCAACCCUCCGAGCAGAAACGUGGAUAAACCCGGUCCCAGCAGGCUCAUGGCGGACAUGCCGCGGCAGGUCUUUGGAUCGAGAGGACGGGCACGCACCCAGCUCUCGCUCCUCCCUCGCUCCCUGCACCGACAAAAUGCGGCAGUUGGCAAAGCGGAGAAUGGCACCGCGGCAACGAGCAGCGCGGCCGGAGAGACGAAGCCGCUGUCCAAUUCAGACUUUGCCCGGAUGCUUCUCAGCAAGUGAGAAGACGAGGGAGAGAAUUACUGCCGCCUCCACACUGGACGCCAUCUUGUGUCCUUCCAAAUGAGUGUUGGUGACUCUUCUGUAAUCGGUUCCCCGGCUUCCCUUUAAUCUCAGUCUUGUUCUCAUCAUUCGUUCUGCGAGAUUUGCCUUAAUCGCCGAGCUCUCCUGCCCUCCAUCGGAAAGACUCUUCAACCCAGACUUUUCCUUUGGUUUGUUUCAAGGGUGUCUUGGGAGAUUGUUUUUAUUAAAAGAAAAAGUAUCAUAUUUGUGUGUAAAUAGAAUUUAUCUAAAAUGGUUUCAAUGUGUUUUUUGUUGUGUAAGUGGCCGAGAGCUGAGAUGCAUAUGGCAGAGUAUUUUUUUAUAAAUAUUCCUAACAACCGUCUAUGUGAAUGUUGUUUAACAGUUAUAUGCAAAAGUUCAGAUGUGUAAUAUAGAUUGUGUGUGUGUGUGUUUGCAGAUGGAUGUUCUUCAGUCAGAUUUAUCUUUAUGUACUUAUUUUUGACCUCCGAGGACAAAGUUAAUAAGGCUAGCGAAUACUUUUUACUGUCUAGUACAACGAAUGACUAGUUUGACAUCAACCAGUUGGUGAUUCACCAUCCACUAUUAAUCCUUAGUAUUCACAUGCUAUGACAUCUCCAUUAGUCCAGUAUUAGUUAAUCGUCUUUAUCUCGGCCUGUGGACAUGUUGGGACAGUAUAAACUGUCCGAGUGCUAGAUAUCAGUUAUAUUAUUUAUAGAACUGCUCGAAAUUCUGUUCUCAUUACUUUUCCCGUACAUCACUGUUGGUGUGAUCCGUCUGGCAGGGUGUCGAGUGAUUUGCAUGGUUUCCUACAUCAGUCUGAUAUUUGUGUAUUGUACCAAAACUGAUUCAGAGAGAGAUUACCCAUAAUCCCUGCACUGCGUGAAACUCGCUUAUGGGUGUUAUGAGUUGAGUUGAUACAGGCACCAGUCCAGGCUCGGCAAACAACACAAUGUGUUUGCCAGUUUCAGGUAUCUCAGUUGUUUCCUUCUUACAUUUUAAGUAUAAUGUAUUUGCGUUUAAGCCUCAUGGUGGGACAAAAUUAACAUUUUGUUACAUUUUAGGCCCGAGGGAACUGUGAUGGGUUUUGUAGAACAAACGAGAAAAAUAAUUAGUUAAUAACAAAUUUAAAAUAGUUUUCCUUGCAGUCCUGCAAGAGUCCAUUGAUGGAAGGCAUGAAUUAGUUUAGGUAAUAAAAAGGGUAGAUCUAUCUGAAUGCAAUAAAAGUACAUGUGAAAAGUGUAACGGGGAUCCUUGGAACGUGAAAGCCAAGUGCCGUUUGGUAAAUGUGUUUUUCUUUGUUAUCGGUCGAGUUGGUUGAGAGGGAGCAUGUGACGGGCGCACCGGUCUGGCAGCUCUUCAGCAUUUCGGGGACAGACGGCUGCCGCCAUCGACACGUCCUGAAGCCUCCUUCCAAGAGAAGAGAAUCUGGAGUGGACGGGUUAUUCUGCUUUCUCAUGUUGGAAGUCGACCAUUUGUCCACUUUCCACGUUCGGAUAUCAACUGUUUGUGGACAUAAUGUCCUGUGUAUCAAUUUCUAAAAGGUCAUAAUUGUUUGUGAUAAAAUAAAUUAAAGUUUUCAAACAAGAUGGAACACAAGCUCUGUACUGCCUUCACCACGGGGGCCUCAUCGGGAGAAAAGUCACGCGCCGUUUGGUGUUGAUACUAAAUGAUGUCACGUGUACAUUGCUUGUGUUUAUAUUUAAGUUCUAUCGUGAAAGUUUGCAAUUUGGUAUUGAGGUAAAUACGAAAAGAGGAGCUUUAUUUGGUGUUUAAUCCGUAUUUAUUUACCGGCUUGUCUUUUAACCAUUUUCAAUCCUUGCGUUUUGUGUUUCUGUAAUAAAAGAAAAAAAGUCUUGCUUUU